UCGUAACAGAGACUCCGAGGCCUCUCAGAGAAACCGAAAAUCAAAAAGAAAAAGCUUUAUUAGGUUUUGUUCUAGGGUUAGGGUUCUUGAUUGAUGGAGAGGGACGGCGAUCGGGUAAAGGGUCCGUGGAGCCCCGAGGAGGACGAGAUGCUGAGGAGGCUUGUGCAGAGCCACGGGCCUCGGAGCUGGUCGGUGAUAAGCAAGGCGAUCCCGGGGCGUUCCGGGAAGUCGUGCCGGCUCCGGUGGUGUAACCAGAUCUCGCCGGAGGUGGAGCACCGGCCGUUCACGCCGGAGGAGGACCAGAUCAUCGUCAAGGCCCAUGCCAAGUACGGCAACAAGUGGGCCACCAUCGCUAGGCUCCUCAACGGCCGUACCGACAACGCGAUCAAGAACCACUGGAACUCCACUCUCAAGAGAAAGUACUCCUCGAUGAUGAACGGCGACGACGCCGAUUUGACAGCCGACGAGACUCUGAAUCGGCCGCAGAAGAAGUCGGCGGGUCCGUGUUACAGCCCCGGCGGUAGCCCUUCCGGAUCCGACGUUAGCGAUUCGGGUCUCCCGGCGAUAUCCACCUCGUACGCGAUGAUUCGAUACGAGUCACCGCCGCGUCCGAACCAUAUCACUGACGAGCCGUCGACUCUGCUAACUCUGUCUCUGCCAGGGACCGAGUCGCACGAGCCGCGCUCCGGCCAGGAUUCGGCGCCUGACUACAACACUAAAUCACCGUCCUAUCAUAGCUACCGAUCGUCGACGUUUCCGCCGGAGUUAGUUGACGUGAUGAAGGACAUGAUUAGAAAGGAAGUGAAGAGUUACAUGGAUGGGCGCGAGAAGGCUGGGCUUCUUUGUGAGGGCGUUAAGCGCAUUGGUAUUGACCAUUAAAUUAUGAAUCUGAGAGAAAAAAAGCAAAAAGAAAACAGUAAACAGAGCAAGAAGAUUCUGGGUUUGGGAUAGGCAACAAAACAGAAACAAACGACCAAUUUGUUUCUUGAUUUUUUUUUCUUUCUUUUUUAACUUGUCUUUGAUAUUUCCGAAAAGAAAAUAAUUUUGAGGCUGGUGUACAGAAAUUAGGAGGAGGAUUAAAACAAAAAUUAGAAAGUGAUAGUGAGAUUUGUAUUGGGUUUUGCCGUGGAAGAAAGAAAUGAUGGAAAUUAGAUCGUUAGUUAAA